AUGAACGAAAUCCAGAAGUGCGAAAAAACUAGGCGACCAGAGAGGAUGUUGGGCACCACUACAGUGCUUCUGGCUCUGCUUUUAGGUUUACUUCUUCUCCAUUUGAUAAAAUUACGGAUUACCUCUGCACAGUUGCCACCUGGACCAACCCCAGUACCAUUCUUUGGAAAUCUAUGGACUCUGAAGUUUCAACUCCAUCAUAAAACUAUCAUGCAGUUGGCAAAGACUUAUGGGAAUAUCAUAACCAUCUGGAUUGGGCAAACUCCUAUUAUUGUUCUUCAUGGCUAUGAAUCUAUACGUGAAGGACUGAUUGCCAAAUCUGAGCAACUUUCCAUGCGAGCUGAGAGACCUUUCUUUAAAUAUUAUGCCAAUGGAAGAGGUAUCAUUGUUGCUAAUGGACAUAACUGGAAGCAGCAGAGGCAGCUUGGAAUUCAGAUUUUACGGAAUUUAGGUCUGGGAAGUAAGGGCAUGGAAUGGAAAAUCCAUCUGGAGGCUCAGAGACUGGUGGAUAUAUUUACUGCAUUGAAAGGAAGAGCACAUGAUCCUAAAUAUUGUUUAAUGAACACAAUGAGCAAUGUGAUUGCAGCAGUGAGCUUUGGACAUCAUUUCUCCUUAGAAGAUCAGCUAUUCCAUGAUCUUGUUGAAUCCUCAGAUUCUGUAACCAGUUUUUUUGGUACUCGUUUGGGUCAGCUUUAUGAUUCCUUUCCUUGGCUAAUGCAUCAUAUUCCAGGACCUCAACAGACAACUUUCAAACAUCUGCAAUUUCUAAAGUGUCUUGUGAUGCAAGAGAUCAAGAGUCAUCAACGUAACCCUUCUACAGAACCUCAAGAUAUCAUCGACUUUUACCUGGAGCACAUUUCCAAGACUAAAGACGAUCCCUCUUCACCAUUCAAUGAAAUGAACCUGAUGCAAAUCGUGCUUGACAUUUUUCUGGCUGGUUCUGAAACCCUCACCUCUACUUUUCUUUGGGGUCUGUUAUUUAUGGUAUUACAUCCUGAUGUUCAAGCAAAGGUUCAAAAAGAACUGGAUGCACAUUUUGAAACCUACCAAGAGCUUCACUAUGAAAAUCGCAAGGAAGUACCAUAUACAUAUGCCGUGAUCCAUGAGAUCCAAAGAUGUGCUAACGUAGCACCUGUAGGCUUACCUCGGCAAUGCGCACAGGAUGUCAAAAUCAAAGGUUAUCAGUUGAAAAAGGGUACAGUUAUUGUGACAUGUUUGGCCUCUGCGCUCUGCGACCCCAACUACUGGAAAUUUCCCAAUGAUUUCUGUCCAUCCAACUUCCUGGACGAACACGGAAACUUUCAGAGCAAAGAGGCAUUUUUGCCAUUCUCCACAGGCCAACGCAUAUGUUUAGGGAGACAGUUGGCAAUGAUGGAACUGUUCAUUUUCUUCACCCACCUUCUGCAUGCAUUCACUUUCCAGCUUCCUCAGGGAGUCACCGAGGUUAACAUGAAUGGGAUACUUGGGACAACAUUUAGGCCUCAUCCAUACCAGAUUUGUGCCAUACCUCGCUGACCAUCCAAAUUUGGACAGACUCUUAUCUUAUUAACACAUGUGAAGACAAUUCAAGAGAAAGAGACACAUGUGUUUAUAGUAUGUUAUUAUUUUACCCUUGAAAUGUAUUAGACUUAAGAUGACAUAC